AUGAAGGCCACCCUUGGUGUUUGCCUCCUCUCAGCACUCAUAGCUGGAGGGACUGCUUUGCAAUGUGAAGUUUGCACAGGUCUAAGCCACAACUGUACUGGUGAAAUCGAGACUUGUGCUCCAGAACAUGAUUUUUGUGGCAUCACUAUGUUUGAAAGUGAACGGGAAGAUUUCAAGGUUCAUGGCAUUGUUAAGAACUGUAUUCCAUUCAGUGUCUGUGCAGCUGGUUCUGCUGUUAUUAACCUGGGUAAAAGGGGAAGAUCACGGACAACUGUCUUCUGCUGUAAGGAUGACGCCUGCAAUACAGUCUCUCCUACUAAAUUGCCCCUGUUAGAUACCAGACUCAAUGGCAUGCGGUGCCCGGCCUGCUAUGCGACAUCUUCUGAACCGUGCAGUGAAGACACUGUUGAUUGCACAGGAUUGGAGUCCCAGUGCAUCGAUUUGGCUGCAUACGUAGAUUUGGGUAAAGGGUCUGAAAAAGUUGCCAUGAAGGGCUGUGCUAGCCAGGCUGUUUGCGCUACAGAUGCAGGAGGUACAACAGCAUUCACGGGAGCCAGUUCAGCAAUUACAAAGCUUGAAUGCAGGGCAGCCUCCGCCAGCAUAGCCACCGUACCUUCCGGAGUAAGUGGAAGUCUCCUUUUGGCCACUGCUGGGCUCCUGCUAAUUAAGCUCUGA